AUGUGUUACGGGUCCGACAAAAAAUAUUGCGGCAGAAACCUGGCGAGGGCGCUAGCUCUGUAUUGUUUCGAAGUCAACGUUGUGAAGAGGUCCGAGGGUACCAUGUACGGUUCAAUUCUUGCCCCCUUCUAUAAGGAACUAGAGGAACCCGGAUUUAGGUUGCUGUGGCCCCAUUUCAAAACAAGGUCCUUGGCGCUCCCUUCGAAGGGUAAACGGCUCGUUGUUGAGGAAUGCUGCAACAAAAUAUGCUCAAUUGCUAAGUUGCAAUCUUUCUGUUACUAG